AUGUUUUCCUACAGACAGAACUCCAGCUCCCGCUGCCUGGCCCCCUGUGGGAUCUCCUGUCCCCAGCCCUGCGCCGACACCUGGAACCAGCCCUGUGUCACCUCCUGCGGGGACUCCCGGGCCGUCAUCCACCCCCCGCCCGUGGUCAUCACCUUCCCGGGGCCCAUCCUCGCCUCCUGCCCCCAGGAGAGCAUCGUGGGCUCCUCAGCACCCUCAAACUUCCUGGGAUCCGGGAGUUCCUACGGCUCCUACAGCUACGGGAGGUCCUACUCUUCCUACGGAUCCUCUGGGAGCUGCAGACCGUGCUAA